GGCCGGGAUUGAGCUAGCAUGGCCCGUGCAUUCACUCUUACCACGGCUGCGCCUGCCAGCAGUGAUGACUUCCGAUACUCCAGCUUUUGAUUUCGUAGUGAUUUGCCUCGGUCGUCGUAAUUCUCUUCAUGAUGUUGUGUUAGUAGAGUCUGCAUAACCUCACUGCUGCCUCGGUAUCAUUUUCAUUUGUUUUUGGGCGCCAUCCGUAAUUUCAUCCAUGCCAACAACCAUAGACGUCUUUCCGUCGUGUCAUCAACCACAACGCAGCAUCUCGAGAACUCCACACCACAAGCCAAGCAAUCAUAAUUCGAUCACAUCAUGGCGUCAGGCACAGAAGCAUCGCUGAGCAAAUGGCUUAUGACUUCACCACCGAUAGAAUGGGCACUUAAGAAUCUCCGCGAGUUGUUGAUUGGGACAUUGCGCCAGGGUCCCAUCCCUCUACACGUCGCCUUCGAGAUGGAUGGAAACCGGCGCUUUGCAAAGAAUCGCCACAUCGAACCUAUUGAAGGCCACAACCUGGGGUUUGAGGCUCUUGCAAGAGUUCUCGAGAUUUGCUACAAAUGCGGCGUCAAGGUGGUUACCGUAUAUGCCUUCAGCAUCGAGAACUUUAACAGACCACGAUCCGAGGUGUCAGGACUGAUGAAGAUGGCCAAGGUGAAACUGGAACAACUUUGCCAACAUGGGGACAUUCUCGAUCGAUACGGCGCUGGCAUUCGAGUGUUGGGAGAACGAGACUUGAUUCCUGACGAUGUGUUGCCUUUUGUCGACAAAGCUAUCGAUAUGACGAAGCACAACAAAAACGCAAUCCUCAACAUUUGCUUCCCUUACACCUCGAGAGCCGAAAUGACAGCCGCGAUCAAGGCAACCGUGGAAGAGUUCUCGAACCCCCCACAGUCGCCGGUCACUCCGUUUUCGCAGGCGAGGAUCACAGAGAAGAUCCGGUCUAAUCAACUGAAGCGGUCAAGCUCGUCCUCGUCGCUACAAGAAUCGUCUACAGAGUCAACGGCGAGAUCAGACGUGGAUGAUUCGGUAUCUUCCACAACGACGCUGAACCAAGACUCCCCACGACCCCGGCCAAAGGAUAAGGGGAAGGGGAAAGCCAAGGAGGCGCCCUUGCUAAAUGCAGAGACUAUUACCGCCGAAACGAUCAACAGCCACAUGUACACCGGGGAUUGUCCGCCGCUUGAUAUCUUCAUUCGAACUAGUGGCGUCAAGCGGUUGAGUGAUUUCAUGCUGUGGCAGUGCCAUGAAGACACGCACAUUUUCUUCCUGAAAUGUUACUGGCCCGAGUUUGACCUCUGGCACUUCUUGCCGGUUUUAUUGGAGUGGCAGUGGCGACAGAAGAAACAGGGAAGCGAGGACAAGCUCGGGAAACGCGUCAAGGCAGAGUAGACGCUGAUCCAGUGUAAGUCGAUGUGACGGUUGUAACAAUCCGGGCAUUUUGUCCAGUGUACAUAAGGCAGGCGUUCUGGUAUUACAAAAGCACGGAUGGCAUCGUGUAAUGUAGAACUGCAUUAUACCCAAGAGUAGUUUGAGUUGUUGAAUUGGCCAAGGAGAAAACGUCUCAAAAAUACGAAGUCUGGUCUUUUGGCUUACCUGAGCUUAUAACUCGCUACAAAUUUUGAAUUCCCAAUUUCAGGGAUAGAGAGCACCAUUUCGGUAUCCGUCUCGUUGCAAUGGCAUGGCGAGAUAGUAAUUAAAUCAAUAAUGGACCGAAUACGC